GGAACAUGCUUGCCAAUUCAGGCAGCGUGAGGAUUCUCAUCAAGGGAGGCAAGGUGGUGAACGAUGAUUGCACCCACGAGGCUGAUGUCUACAUCGAGAAUGGCAUCAUCCAGCAGGUGGGCCGUGAGCUCAUGAUCCCUGGAGGGGCCAAGGUGAUCGAUGCCACUGGGAAGCUGGUGAUCCCUGGAGGCAUUGACACCAGCACCCACUUCCAUCAGACCUUCAUGAAUGCUACAUGUGUGGAUGACUUCUACCACGGGACCAAGGCGGCGCUAGUUGGAGGAACCACCAUGGUCAUCGGCCACGUCCUGCCCGAUAAGGAGACCUCCCUGGUGGACGCCUACGAGAAGUGCCGGGGUCUGGCCGACCCCAAGGUCUGCUGUGACUACGCCCUGCACGUGGGGAUCACCUGGUGGGCACCCAAGGUGAAAGCAGAAAUGGAGACACUGGUAAGGGAGAAGGGUGUCAACUCGUUCCAGAUGUUCAUGACCUACAAAGACUUGUGCAUGCUCCGGGACAGUGAGCUUUACCAAGUGUUGCACGCUUGCAAGGACAUUGGAGCGAUCCCCCGAGUCCAUGCUGAGAAUGGGGAGCUCGUGGCCGAGGGUGCCAAGGAGGCGCUAGAUUUGGGUAUCACAGGCCCAGAAGGAAUCGAGAUCAGCCGCCCAGAGGAGUUGGAAGCUGAAGCCACUCACCGAGUUAUCACCAUUGCAAACAGGACUCACUGCCCGAUCUACCUGGUCAACGUGUCCAGCAUCUCGGCCGGUGAGGUUAUCGCAGCUGCUAAGAUGCAAGGGAAGGUUGUGCUGGCCGAGACCACCACGGCGCAUGCCACGCUGACCGGCUUACACUACUACCACCAGGACUGGUCCCACGCGGCCGCCUACGUCACGGUGCCUCCGCUGAGACUGGACACCAACACCUCAACCUACCUCAUGAGCCUGCUGGCCAAUGAUACUCUGAACAUUGUGGCAUCAGAUCACCGGCCUUUCACUACGAAGCAGAAAGCUAUGGGCAAGGAGGACUUCACCAAGAUCCCGCAUGGAGUGAGUGGUGUGCAGGACCGCAUGAGCGUCAUCUGGGAGAGAGGAGUGGUUGGAGGAAAGAUGGACGAGAACCGUUUUGUGGCCGUUACCAGCUCCAAUGCAGCAAAGAUUCUCAACCUGUAUCCCCGCAAGGGCCGCAUCAUCCCUGGAGCCGAUGCCGACGUGGUAGUGUGGGAUCCAGAAGCCACCAAGACCAUUUCAUCCAGCACCCAGGUGCAGGGAGGAGACUUCAACCUGUACGAGAACAUGCGCUGCCAUGGCGUCCCGCUGGUCACCAUCAGCCGUGGGCGAGUCGUGUACGAGAAUGGUGUCUUCAUGUGUGCUGAGGGCACUGGCAAGUUCUAUCCCCUGAGGUCCUUCCCGGACACUGUCUACAAGAAGCUAGUCCAGAGAGAAAAGACCUUAAAGGUUAGGGGAGUGGACCGUACGCCCUACCUGGGGGAUGUAGCCGUCGUUGUGCAUCCUGGGAAAAAGGAGAUGGGCACGCCACUCGCAGACACCCCCACCCGGCCCGUUACCCGACACGGGGGCAUGAGGGACCUUCAUGAGUCCAGCUUCAGCCUCUCUGGUUCUCAAAUCGACGACCACGUUCCAAAGCGAGCUUCGGCUCGGAUCCUCGCUCCCCCCGGAGGCAGGUCAAGCGGCAUUUGGUAAAGGCACCGACCAGCCCCCCAAGUGAGGACGCACCGCUGCCACCAGCCCGCACACCCUCCGGCCACGGCUGCAGGGGGCGGGAGAGGCUGGGCCGGGCGGCACACCACCUGAGGGGGCCACGGGACCCGGGGAGCCCUCCCCAUGUCUGACCCGUGAUUCACUGUGCUUCGAGCCAACCCUAACAGGCACUUUGAGAUUUGUUCCUCCCGCUGCAGUCCUUUCCUGCCUUGGCCCCGGCAGGCUUUUUCGGGGGCCCAGGAAAGCCACACUAUGCACCGAGCCCACUGCAUAGAGCCCGGCCCAGCCCCUCCUCUCACCCCCUGCUCCACGUGCUGGCCUUUAGUGCCCUGCCCCCUGGCCGACCCACCAGCUGUCCGGAGCACUUUAGCAGGUGGGUGUUGGAGGAAAAGGACCCCCUCCCCCGCAGGAGGCCCUGUGGUCACUUUUCCCAAGUCAGACAGCUGUUGGCUUCCCAGCCAUGCCCAGGGUGUCCCGUUCCUCGUGACUCAACGCUGGGCCCCGUGUGCGUGUGCUGGGGACACUCUGCACCCUUUGCCAGCUUCUUCCUCCUCCCACCCCAGCCUCGGGGAGUCACAGGCCCCGAGGGGCUCGCUGGGCGGGGCACAGGGCUGGUGCCAGGCGCGUGUACAUGAUUUUGUUUUGCACGUUUGGUUUGCGCAGUGGUUUGGUUUGACUUGUUUGUGCAUCCUGUGAAGAAUAACGGUGCUUCGUGUCACUAGCAUAGCAUAGAAACAGCAGUAGUUGUGGACCUUAAGAGACGCUGCACUCGACGCCGACCAGACAGCCCAGGGCACAGACCAGGAGCGGGCUGAGGCGCCGGGCUCACGGGCCCUUCUUCUCCCCACCCGGAUUCUUCCAGGCUGCCGCGGCCCUGUCCCAGGCCCUCCUCCCGUCCCCCCCCCACAAUCCUGGGGGUAGUUGUCUACAUUCUGGCGGGGGGGCCCAGUAAGCCAGCCCUGGGGACCUCCGGGGAGCAGAGUC